UUGCCUGAUGGUUUUGAAAUGUCUAAAGACGGCUUGGAACAUAGGUCCAAUCCUUUUCCGAUCGACAAAAUUAACAGCGAAUUUGGUGGUAAUCGGUACCAAGAUGACGCUCAUGGAACCUCGGAGGGAAAGGAUUCUUCGAAACAGCGAGGUCAGUCCGUGAGGCAUGCUAACCCAAAAAAAUGGAACCAAGAAUUGAGGUUCGACACACCAUCUAAAAACAGCGGAAGCACCGUUGAGUCCCCGGACCCGACUCUCUUCCUGCCCAACUUUUACGGGUCAGACACCGCGUCGUACUACGCGAUGAACCCGUCGAGCUUCCUCUACGACGCCGUAACCGAGGACCACUCGGAGCGUCGCGAGCAGCGGAACCCCGCCGCUGGACUCGGCAACUACAACGACUUGUACACAGCCUUUAAGCCUUCUGACGUAUCAGAAAUCAACAACCUCAUGCCGGCGAACAUGUUGGACGAGGACUACCCUCCACCCCCCGCACGUCCACUGCUCGCAGACUCCCCCGACCCCUAUCUCAAAGCACCGCCGAUGAUUCUGGAUUACAUCCCUCGAUUGUCGCCAUCCUCUGUCCACACCUCGGAGAUCUCCAGGAAGUUCGGCUCCGUUGGGGUGCCGGGCGACAACUCGACGAGGGAGAGGGUGGAAAUCACGGGGCCUGAUUUGAGUGGCACCCAGGCCACGCAUGCCAAUGAUCAAAUCCUAAGGGUAGCUGAAGGACCAGCAACCUCGGGUCAAGGAACUCAGGCUGCGAUCAACAUUUUUCCCCAAUCAUCGAAUAACAUUCCUGACGACGAAAUGAAAGAUCAUUUAGUUCCACCUUUACCGGAUGAGAAGUCUAUCUAUUACCAAGAGCAAAGUGCUCUACCGCCAUGGGAUUCCAAUUUCCAGACCAGUAGUAUUAGAAAACAUGAUUAUCGCGAGCAACAACAACCGCAUGACCUGUUGAUUUCAACAAAUCAAUCGGUCUAUAAUAAUCAGGGCAGGGAGACGAGGCACCAGAUGGACAUCGGUGGGCGUCCACCUGCUCAGCAGCAAGUGCAAAAAGAAAAUCAGGAGCUUUCGACGUCUCCCGCUCACACUCACACUCGCACACACGUGCGUGCGCGGGUGCGGAGUAAAAAGCGGAACCGAAUCAGAUACCAAAAUCCGAGUCCCCCGCCGGCGCAACCGUUGCCGCCGUACCAUCAGCAUCAGCCGCCCACCGCCCUCGCCAUGACCAACGCCACGCAAGAUACCCAGGAUGCUGAAAGUACGGCAGUCUGAUAUGGAACAACAAUUACACAGAGACGGGUCAAUUUUCUGGUUACUGGAACUGCUCUAUUUUUUAAUUUUUUUCUAAUGAUGAUGUAUAAGUCUUGAGAUCAAGUGGGAUUCACGGUGAUUCACCUAAGUACAAGGGUCCUUCAGAUAACCUCGC